GUCAUCGGACUCGCCGUCCAACAUCUUUCGUCCUCACUGUCGAUGCUGAAAAGCGCUUGUUGUCCUUAUAAUUGGUCUGGUGCAUUGACGAAUCAGACGGCAGAAAUAAAUGCGUUAUGCUGCCAUCGUCAGCAGCUCAAUCCUGUCCACCCGCUCAACGGUCUCUUCUGCAACUGAUGUGGUCGUCAAAAGCACUGCUCGCUCGAUGAUACUACCAGCUGUGAAAAUGUAUGAUGGCUCUGUCAAGUGCUGCUGUCGGAAGGGGAAGUGUAAGGAGCGACCCGAGGUUUCUUCGUAUGAAGAUUAUUGGCACGUCAUGCGUGGCAUGUCCUAUACGGAUGGGCAUACCUUAGGGCCCAAAACAAUGCCUUUUAGGUGUCAUGGACAUCUGCGACGCGUUCGGCGGAUGUUCGCAAACAUAAUCACCCAUCCCGACGUGUUCCGGACGUCACCGAGUUAUACAAUGUUCAGUAGAAGCGUUGCUAGUGCAGCAUCAAUUCCAAAGCGGCAGACGGGGGCGUCACAGAAUUCGCACUUAGCUAAAUUUCGAGACAGUAAUUUUCCUCAAACUCAUUCAGACCUCCAGGGGUUAUGGACGGACUUCUCUGCACUUAUCGAAGAAGGAAAUUUGGAACAGCUCGAUGCUCGCGAGCUAAUUACGCUUGGUGGAAUGAUUAUGAGGGGAACGCUUGCGAGGAGAAGCGUCAAGACAGAUUACGUCGAAUGGGGUGAUCGCCUCGAGAGCGUAGUUCUUGAAUUAAAGAGAAGGUCACCUCAUAUUUCGGAAGCUAGUCCCCAGCUUGACUGCCUCGCAAUUACUGCGCAAGCUCUUCGUGGUCAAUGCAAAGAUGCUUCGGCUACCUUAUCGGACGUUUUCCAGAAACAAUGCCCUCUGGAACACAUACGCUGGAUCCUGGAUGCUUGCAAGCAUGUCCUGCAGUGUCUUUUACGUCAGGGUUCUCCAUCUCGGGCUCUCGAGUUUUAUCUCGACAAUUACAUCGUCCUGAAGCGCCUCUUGUCGAAGACUACCGGAGCGGAGUCAAAGAUUCGAAGUUAUCUCUUUUUCUUCCACGAGCUGUGCGCGAUAUUCAGAGCCAUUGAUUCUCCCUCUUCAUUUCUCGCAAAGAGAAGGAGUACAUGGGACAGAACACGUAUACAAAGUUUGGGCGUGCUUAUGAUACGUAUUUAUUGUUAUGACGGACUUGCGGAGGACGCGCUUGAAGUGUACGAAGAACUUAAACACCAUGGUGUACCGGUCUACUAUUUUGUGGAGCAUUCAUUGGUCCGCUCUCUUACGAAAGCACGGCGAUUUGAGGGCGCGAAUAAUCUCUAUGUCGACAUUGCCCCAAAAGCAGCUGAUGAAGCUGAAUCUAGGUCGUACGAUUCCACUGGUCUUCACCUCUUUGCCCACCAAGGCGACGUUGAGCGUGCGGAGGAGUGUUUCGACCGGUUGCUCGUUCGAGGAGACGUUACACCCCAGGACAUAACUCUCAUCAUGCAUGCUAGUGCUGAGCAGGGCAAUACGAAGAGAGUCGUGGGACUUUUCGAGAGCUUCUUUGGAAAGCCGGAUGACGGAUCAGACAAGAGUGAAUUCCGCAAGCCGAACGAAUAUCACUACAGCACAGUGAUUCAUGCCCAUUCGGUACAGGAUGACGUGGCCGGGAUGAAUCAGUGGCUCGGACGAAUGCUUGCCAACGGGCUUACCCCUGAUCAUGCUACAUAUAAUAUCGUGCUUAAGGGGAUUGCGCAGCGUGAUGACUUGGAAUCCGUCAAUGCACUCCUAGAUCAGAUGCGCUCUGACGGAGUACAACCGAAUAUCAAUUCGUACACCACCGUCAUCACGACUCUUGCCCGACGCCGAGAUGUAUUGGGAGCUGAGGCUAUGUUCAAACGCAUGAUCCGAGAGGGCAUCAGACUUGAUCGUAUUGCUAUCACGACUCUGAUGAAUGCGCAUGUCGAAGCUGGUACAUGGAAAGGCGUGAUUCGGGUUUUCGACUUCAUUAGCGAGUCUCAAUUGAAGGACUUGCGACUUGGUGUUGAAGUCUUUAAUACGUUGCUGAAAGCAUACGUCUUGAUUGGUGCUCCAUUAGAUGUCGUCUUACGGGUCUAUCGCCGGAUGGAAGCAACAAAACUGAAGCCAGAUAAUCAUACAUUCGCGCUGCUGAUCAUGUCUGCUUGUGAUUCUGGACGUAUGGACAUUGCAUCACGACUCUUCGUUGAGAUGGAGGGUCUUGAAAAGGACUGGACAACCGCGGUGGAGGUCACGAAAGAGGUACUGACUAUUAUCAUGUCAGCAUAUCUGCGCCAAGGAAACAGGGGUCAAGCGCGAGUAAUCUACGAGGACAUGCAGAGGCGUGGUAUCAAGACGACAGCAUAUGCAUAUGCUACUAUUCUUCGCUCAUAUUCGGACGCGUCUUUUGAGGAUAACAUGAAGACUGCCCAAGAAUUCCUCGACUCGCUUAUAUCUCAAUCAGAUGAAGACUUGGACUGGAAGCAACCCUCAUCUGGAAGAGAGAGUUCAUACGCUUUCGUCUUUGCGCCUCUCAUUAAUGCAUACACGAAGGCUAUCAACGUUGAAAUGGCCGAACGCCUUUAUGAAGAGUUCAUGGAGCACAAUGAGCAGCCGACCAUAGGUAUCCUCGCACUUCUGAUGGAUGCAUACCGAAGAGCAGGUGACAUCGAAGGAGUACAACGUAUCUGGCCACAGAUUUACGACUUCGCCGUGAGUCGUACAGAUGAAGUAGACACAUUGCUUCUCCCAGAAGACAAACAAUCUAAGUUCUUCCGAGAACGACGUCGCGGUGACUUACUCUGUAUCCCACUCUCGAUAUAUAUCGAUGCGUUAUCUCAUGCAGGACAGCACGAUGAGAUCGCGAAGACAUGGAACAAGCUACGUGACUCUGGAUUCCAAUUCGAUUCACAUAAUUGGAACCACCUAGUUGUUGCCCUUGUACGCGCUGGAGAGACGGCACGUGCGUUCGAAGUAGUCGAGAAAGUCAUCCUGCCCUACCAAAGACAAUCCCAAGCAAUUCUCCGUUCUCGAGCAAAGCAUGUCGACUCUCCCUUACUUUUCGACGACGAAAAGGUGCAUGCGGAGAUGUCCGAUGAGCCAUUCAUCCAGAAGGUGGAGAAAUCUGCGCAGAAGAGACCUUCCCUUUUGACGCGCAUGCGCCGGAGAUUCGCUGGAAGAGCGGAGAAGGAGAGCAAUGACCUUGCGCAUGAGUUACAGUUGAUGCAGCAGAUCUCGCCUGAGUGGAACGUUUGGCGGCCUCAUGCGGUUACGAUGCGGGUGCUUGUUGGUGUUUUGGAGCAGCUUGACUCUGGAAGGUUGAUUCAUCCCACAAAGCCGAGGCAAGUUCGCCAUGGGUCAGAUGCUGGUCAAGGGGGAGAAGAAAUCCGGGAGGAAGAGGUACAGGAGGAGGAGGAGGAGGAAGAGGAAGAGGAAGAGGAAGAGGAUUACGAGCCACCAUCACCUGAAGAAGCCACAGCGGCUAGGGACCUGCUCCAACACAUUCUACGAGACUACCCACACACAGUCACCACUAUCGAUGAAUGGGAGAGUUACGAGAGGUUCAAAGUAACUAGGGAAAGUAGACGGUUCACCCGCGCUGCAAAGAAAAGUUUACACAAGAGUAUACAGGAAUAAGUCGGACCGUAACAUAGCUAAUUAUCGCAUAUUGCUUAAUGC